CACUCUCGUUUCGGGAUCCGUUGAGGCAGCACGCGUAUCGCUCUCUCCACGGGACAGGAUAGAAAAGUGUCGGGUGUGCGUUACGCGCGUAUCGCUCUUGUGUUUUCACGGAAACUCGGUGAAACGGCGCGCUCGCUUUCGCUUCGUUUUCGAACGUGAGCGUGUUCCGAGCCGCCCGCAGGGAUACACGAUACACAGGCGCCUUACUACGAACCGUGGUGCGCGCUGGUGUGUGCGCGCGUCGAAUAUACAGUGGACGUGUACGUGUGUGUAUGUGUGUGACAGAACGUCGCAGGAGGAUGCGGCGUUGCCGGAUGUAAUAGGCGCGAAUACGCGUACGUAGCGUACUGUACGGUGCGCGGCGGCGAGGCCGCCGAGGAGAGGAACAGGGACGCGCGCGCGUCCGACGGAAAGGGAGAGAGAGCGUGCGGCGUCGUCGAUCGAUCGAUUUCGACUCGUUCGCCGGAGGUGGAAAAUCGUCGAGCUGUUAGCGUUUGCCGCCGUAUAGCCGCCGCGCCACACCGCCACACCGCCGUGCGUAUUCGCGAGAGAGCAUCGGUUGCGGCGAUACGCCACGGUGACAUUUGCGGUGCGGUGCUAUCGAUGAAACAGGCUUGGCAACGUCGCGCUCUGCCCUCGCACACAAACGCGCGCGCGUAUACACGUACCUAGAAGGGAACUUGGGGUGGCUGGCUGGUUGGCUGGCUCGCUGCGGCUGGCAGGCAGGCAGGCAAGCAGGCUAGCGGACAGGCAAACAGGGCAGGCCAGGCAGACGGCUUUCUUGUUCCGAGGACGGUGCUCCUGGUCGCGCCGUCUCUCUUUCCUACCUCCAUUGCGCUUACUCUUCCUCUCCCCCGGCCCCUCCUGCCUCCUCUCCCUUGUCUCGGUCAACUCAAUUGCGCUCUCGUUCUCUCCCUUUCUCCCUCCCUCUCCUCGGCUUCUCUCUUUAUCUCUUUCUCUCUCUUGCGCGCGCGCGCGCGCGUUUAUGCCGCACGUACCGUUGAGAGCUUCUCCCUUCCCCUGCCGUGCUCUUUCUCUGCCCCUCUACCCCCUCUCCCCACCUUACCUCGAACGAAUCGGGCGAGUCCACUAGGCUUGCGAGGGGUGUUCGGCAGACCUCGUCUCUAGUCGGCCUCGAUCCGCAGAGUGCGUUAGACGCCGCGAGUCGAUCGCUCCGGUACACGGACAUACGCGAGCGGUAGCAUACGCGAGUACGUCGUGGGGCCCGCGAAUGCCAUUGCGCGUUACCUGCGCAUAGCCGCGGCCCGCGGCAGCCCGUAUUGCGGCCAAUUUGCCCGUUCAGCCUGGGACGCACUCGAUCAGCGUAUAUCCGUACGACGGCCAUGUUUGGUGUUUACGACGUGAGGGGGAGCCGCUGACGUCACACGGGACGAGAGCGCGAACGGCCGAUCUCGCCCGAACGAACGCGACCGCGCGGCUACGGGCGACGGACGACGGGCGGCAGCAGCGACAGGCAAGCCGAACCGACGACGACGACGACGAGGAGGAAAAACGUGCCGCGCCACGCCGGUAGCCCACCACCGAUACGCGUCGCGCGCGCCCGCGCACAACGAGCGCCGUCGUCGAAUAAGGAACCACGACACGGGCAACCCGUGCGAUAGAGGACCGGCGUCGCGUCUCGUGUAUGCGUGCGUAUACUUACGUACGCUCGCGUAGCGCGAAACUGGAAUCGCUCACCGGGCGCCGCUGUCCGGCUCCCUCUUUUCCGAUGGGACGCUCGAACCCGCCGAUCUCGCUCGCCGUGGUCACCGCCGCUACUGGCUUUUCAAAAAACAUCGCGCGCAUCGUCACCUUCUUCCCCGGUUUCUCCGCCGUCACGCCGCUAGCGUUCUCUCUGUAAAAACGCACUUGCCGCCCGCGACCGAUCGCUUCGCCGGAAAAAGGAGUAGCGAUCCGGGCGAUGCCGAGCAACGUUGCACGGCUCUAUCGGACGACGGCGACGACGACGACCCGUCGUGAUUGACAACGCGUGUCCGACGAUGCGCGACGCGGAGUCGCGAACGAACUGACUCGAUCGUCAACUCGAAGAUACGAUCGCGCCACGUGGUAAUCGCGCACGUGUCCUACACACGUCUCCGGCUGCACGCAGCGCAUGCUGGUAUCGUCCGCUUCCUCUCGCUCAAAGGUGCCGCGAUCGAUCGGAGCGGACGAUCGUCCUCUCUCGCGCGACGCAACGUACGACGCGCACGUGCACCCAGUGAUCGCACUCGACUUACACUCGCGAGCGCGCUCGCGUCUGUGUUGGUGUCGGUGUGUACACAUACGCGCGUGUCUGUGAUCGAUCCGUCUGUGCCGCCGGUGUGUUGUUUGUCGUGCCGGUUUUUACAUAUGGUGUUUCGCGGGAUACCUAGCGCGAUACGCAGCCACAAGCCGAACGGGGACCGAACGAGGAUCGUCCGGGUUAACUACAUCCAGGAUUAAGGACACCGCUCCUCCGUCAAAGCAGAGAACCAUGGAGCUGGGUGACAGAGUUUACGCCGCGGAGCGGAUCACGAAAAAGAGGGAAAAGCGGGGCAAGAUCGAGUACUUUGUCAAAUGGAAAGGAUGGAGCAAAAAAUAUAACACAUGGGAGCCGGAAGAAAAUAUUUUGGAUGUCAGAUUAAUCGAAUUGUACGAGGAGAAUCAAAAGAACGCGGAAGUAGUAGUGCCCACCACCAGAAGGCCAAGGCGAAGGGAUACUAGAUACAGUGAACAACUGUCUAAUCUUGUUGUCGAUGAGGAGCCCGGCGGAGACGAAAGGGUGGGCGAAGACAGUCAGGAUGAAUCGACAACAGGCAGCACUUCGGCGUCUCGUUUAAAUCCAGUAGCCCCCGACGAGGACACCCUCCCAAGUUCCUUAGACAGCCAUGAGUCUCCAACGCCGCCAGAGUUGGCAUCGGCAUACAGCGUCGAUUCUGACAGUUCCAACAGCAGUAUGGAUACUCCCCUAUUGCCUAGAAAAGAACGUAUGAAAAGGAAGGCUGAGGUCCUUAGUGCUCAAUCCGGCAAAAUCGGCGUGACGAUUACCACGAGCAGUCCUAGUAGUGGCAGUGGUAGUCCACCUCCGAGCAAAGUUCCUCGGUUAUUGCCUUUAAAAAACAACCCCACAAAUCCUUCUUAUCACAGUCACAAAGCCAAUGGUCAAAAUCAGAGAAGGCCGUCAUCCUCCAACAAUGUGAAGUCAACACCAGAGGAACCUCUGCCGGCAGUGCCGACGACGCCGGCACCGGCAGUACAAGACAAAAAGCGUCCUGAAGCUGAUGUACCUCAUGGUCCGCCACCCUCUCUUCCACGUGCACCGCCAGCACCGCUGUCUCCUCAGAUAGAUACACCUUUGGAGCAAGUUGCAACAAAGAAGAGGCAGUUAUCGGAGCAAAAGCAGGACAAAGCGAACGCGGUUGCUGCGGACAAAGCCAACGGUCACAAAUCACCUAGCCCCACGGACUCUUACACUAAUAACAAUAGGUUACCCACUGUCGUGAAUGGACACCACAGCCCUAACAAUAACAAUAAUAACAAUAACAAUAACAACAACAAUAAUAAUAAUACUAGUUCAAACGUCAAGCAAACCGAGAUUCCGAAGUCAGAGAUCUACGUUCCACUCACAAAUCCCGGCACGGAUUAUUGGCACGCGAGAAAUCCCGUGGCUGAUCAAGUAUUUAUCACAGACGUUACCGUUAAUCUGAAGACCGUUACCAUCAGGGAAUGCAAGACUGAAAAGGGUUUCUUUCGAGAGAGGGAUCCUAAAGAAACUCUUUGAGCUUCAAGAAUGAUAAUCAUUAUUCUUGACGGUCCUGCAUCGGGAAUAUCCGCUCUAAGUUGUAUUGAAUCACAAUGUGUAAAUAUAAAUUAUUUUCGCUCCUCGGAUGUUAAGACGAGGAUGUAAUCAUGAUAUCAAGGAAGUUUUCUAGCAAUGAGUAAAUAAGUGACGACGUCACUCAAUGUUGCUAUGAAAAUGACGAAAGCAGUCGGGCAUCGCGCAAAGAUCUGUACAAUCUUGAGGCACCGAUUGGAGUCUCAAGAACAUCGAAUAGAUGCUGAAACCAAAUACGGUCAAUCAGAGUUCGAUAUAAAAAUCCGCGAAUCUUUUUUCCAAACUGAAAAUUGAUCGGUGUGUCCAGACGUGCGAUUCUGUGUAAAUUGAUUGUAAAGACUAGACGACGUCGGUAUGACAAGUUCAUUACCGUAUAUACAUCAUACCUGCUAUCACGACAUAUUUUAAAAUGCUUGGUAGAUUUUAACCACACGCUGAAGAUCUGGAAAACAUUAGAGGAUGUAUCUUCUAGUUGAUUUUAUCAUUUGCUUGUCUUAGAACGCUAAGAGAAUGCUAUAAAGUAAAAUCUUAGCUUUCGUUUUUACACUACGGGAUAUAUAUUAUUAUACGAGAUAUACCUAGGAAAAAAAAAGUAUUUUUCUAAUUCGUUUUUAGAAUAUUGAAACUGCUUCGCGGAAGCGAUUGGGGGGUGGGAGACGUUCCGAGUUAUUUUGAAGGAAAAAAAGAAAAUAGUUUUUAAUACAAUGUUGUAUCCAUUCAUCAAUGCAUUUUUGCUAUGUACUGGGAAAUAGAGUAUCGCGAAAGAAAAAUGUGUAAAUUAGAUUUCGAAUGUACGUAAGAAAGUGUAUGAUUCAAGAAUUUCGGACGAUUACAAGAUAUCAUGUUAUUCACAGAAAGGCACAAUUGCGCACAGUAUUUCACUAUCAGUGAUGUUGCGUUUUCUCGGUUUCAAUUCAGCUAAUUCGUGGUAUCCGUUUGACGACAGAUGCAUUUCCGUAUGAUCGAGUGCUUUGUUCAAUUUUGUGUUAUUUUUCGUGUAUAAUUAAGUAUUUUUUAUUUAGUGUAGGACGUCCCGUAUAUAUCGAUUGACAGUCCCGCAAGAUCAUUGCAUAUCUCUUAGUGAAUCUAUUUUAUUUGUGGAUUCUGAUCAAGCAUCACCAAAUGGACGCCUUUUUUGAUCAUAAAGGCGCGUCUCGAACGUUGAAAUCAGUACAACAAUCCAAAUCUGAUUAUAUUCCAAGCUUACACGCUACUCAGAAUUCUGUUACCUCGUUUUAGCGAUGCUGCAUGGUGCAUUUUGCACGCGCGCUUUCAUAGUCAUGGUGAUAUAGUUUAAUCUAUAUUAUCAAUCCAAGAUUGACAUCGGCCAAUCUUUCUUAUUAUCACUACUUCGUCUACAGUGGGUCACCCAUUCUUUCCCGUAAACGCUCCUAUCACGCAGCAGAGCUUAAGACUGUUUUCAUGAUGAUAUAAAUGAGAAGAUUCUAUUCUUUGAUUUGUGAGAAUAAAUCUAUAAAACUUUAGUAAGAAAAAUAAUUGGAAAGAAAUUGUGAUUUACGGAUGGCUUGUAACGCCAUGAUUGACGUUGUGUCUCAGCAGAUUGAUAUUGCUUUCUUUCUCGAAUUCAAGAAACAACGUAUUUUGAUCCAUUUUGAAAAAACGUACUAUACAGUGUACCUCCUAUUCUUUCUUAUAUUUUUUCUUAUUUUUUUUUUUUAAUUAUUUUUCUUAUUAAAAAUUGACUUUUUCUCCAAUUGUUAAGUUCUCUGAUUGAGCUCGUUCAUUUGAUUCUAUACGGAGCAAAUCCCAUGCACUGCAGUGUGAUAGAAGCCACGUAAGAAAGAAUAAAGAAUCCUAAUUAUUGAGUUAAAUUCGAAACAGAUCGAGGAAUAUGUUUGAAGACAAAAAGAGAUUGUAAAAAUACAGGUACACACAUACAAUAAGCUAGUAAUUUUCAUCGGCUACCGAUAUGACAGGGAUCAUAUCCGGAAGAUGUUCUGUGCGCCUAGUAAAGAUCAAUCAUCCAUAUAGUUUCGCUGGUUUCGCGUCUAGCAAAAUGAACACUUGCGUUUAUUUGCGAACGAAUGAAAUGUUUCACAUAGGCCAGUAUUCAUAGUCAGAUAUUAUAUUUAAGAUCGUCUUAAGUUUGAGUCUCCAUCCAGCCAAUAAAAUGAUCGUAUAACAUCUAAAAACAUUACUUAAGACGAUCUUGAAAUAAGAACUUUGAGUACCGGCCAUAUACUCCUUUCUCGCGUAUUUAUACCAACGGAAAUUGGGCGAAAUUAUACCGGUGUCAAUCCUUGGUUCAGUUUCCUGACGCGUGUAUUGGGCACGUAAAGGUAAAGAUACCAAUACCCGGACACUUAAGCAUAGGAAAUGUACCAAUACCUGGACACGUAUCUGUGUCUGGAUACCUUUAAAAAAAUAUAAAUUUAUGAAAAUAAACGUUUGGAUAUUAUAACUGAAGUUUCAAACUACAAGAAAAAAUAAAUUAUCUUUGAUUUUAAUUCGCGUAUACUUAUAAAUAAUAAUAAAGGUGUCCGGAUAUAGAUACAUGUCCGGGUAUUGAUACCUUUACCUUACAGCAUCGCUGAAGCGCGUAGCGGUUGCUUGAUGGAGCGGCAUACGACAGCGCGGGGUAGGACUCCUGCUGUGAACAGCGUUAUAUUAAAGAAAAAAAGAAGUUUCUCAGGUUAAAUAUAUAUUAAAUGCGUAGGAUUUAAUAUAUAUUUAAUAUGCAUAUAUAUAAUAUGUUAAAUUUAAAUAUAUACGUUGCUUAUUUAUUGUAACUAAUACGAAGAUUUUUAGAUUUGUACAUCCUUAAUGUAGCUGUAAUUAGACUGUACAUGCGCGGUGUGUCUCGUUUGAGAGCGCAGCGUGAUCGGUACAACGUUAUGUCCUGCGUUUAGCACGCUAUCGCAUCAGUUACUGUAUCCCAACGACCGUACCGUUGGGAUCCGGCGAGGUUUUAGAGUAAUUUAUCAAAAAAGGAAAUUUCGACGACUUCUUCUCGGACGACAAAAGAAAUAGAUCUGUGUGUGCGUGUUUGUUUAUUUUUUUUUUUUUUUAGACGCAGCCACUUGCGUAAAAUUAGAUUGACACAUUCGUUGCGGUUAUCAAUGCAGAAGAUUGAGGUAUACAUUUCAAUUGUUGUGUAAUUUAAACCACUGUAUAUAUACAUAUGGAAAGCGUUUUCCUGUAAAAAAAAAAUUGUACAUAACUGGAUGAAACUUGUACGUUUCGCCGUAGCGGGCGGAACGCGUGAGACGGAUGGCUUAUAUAAAUCUUUGAAUUAUCAAUUGUACAUAGAGAAAGAGAAGCGAAAACCCCUUCCCUUACCCCUUUAGUUGUAAACGUAAAAUUGCAACUAAUAGGUCUAUACAUAUAGAGAGAGAGAGAGAGGAAUCCUUUUCUUAGCUUUAGAACUUCGAGAUAGACUGUGCGCGUACCUUCGAUAUUGUUUCUGUACUUAUAAAUAUAUUCAGACUACUUAUACGAUUAAAGGAGGAAAAGAGAAGAAAAAGGGAGAGAAAAGGACACGAAACGAUAACGCAGUGACUACGCAGGCAUAUACGAUACGUGAACCCCGGUAGCAUCAAAUUCAACGGUAAUUUUAGUUCUGUCUGGUACAGAUUCCUUAUAUUUCAAUAAAAUCUCUACUUGAAGUCAG